AUGGAUGUUGUAUUUGCUCCUUAUGUAAGUGAGCGUGCUAGAAGUAAUAUCAAACAAUAUAAAUAUCAAGGAUGUGAUCACUCUAUCAUUGCUAAUCGUGUCUUACAACCAUUCUGGAGAUGGGCUGUUGAAUGGCUUCCAAUGUGGAUGGCUCCAAAUCUAAUUACAUUGAUUGGAUUCUUCUUUAUUAUUGCAUCUUAUCUUGUAACACUUUGGUAUACACCGUCGUUUGAGGGAUCUGCACCGGGUUGGACUUAUAUCUUCCACUUGGUGUGUAUCUUUGUCUAUCAGACGAUGGAUGCGAUCGACGGUAAGCAAGCGAGACGUACCAAUUCGUCGUCGGGUCUCGGUGAGUUGUUUGACCACGGUUGUGACGCCAUCACUACAUUCCUGGUGUUGAUAUCGUUCCUCAGCUCGAUCCAAGCCGGUGUCAACGGUAGUUCGCUCUUCAACGUCAUGUUCAUCCUGGUCGCCUUUUACUUUACGCAAUGGGAGCAAUACCACACCGGUGUCAUGGAACUCGGAUUCAUCGGUGUCACCGAGGGUCAUCUCUUCAUGAUGCUCGGUCACUUCAUUACCUAUCUCUUUGGUCCAUCGAUCUGGUUCACCACCUACACACUCUUUGGCUACACCAUUCAAUUCAAUGCAAUCCCAUUAUUCUCAAGUAAUCUAACUGCACUUAUUACAAUCAUUACAAAUAUCAUUACAGUUAUCAAGAGUAAACCAAAGAAUCCAAUUGUAUCAGUUAUUCAAAUUGUACCAAUUCUAUUUGUAUUAUAUGUAUCUAUGACAUGGGCAUCUAACUCCACUGCAUUGGUAUUACAAAAUAAUCCACAUGUUUAUAUGUGUACAUUUGGUUUCAUUGUUGCAUUUUUAGUUGGUCGUAUUGUACUUGCGAGAAUCUGUUGUGAUUCAUUUUUCCCAUUCCAAGUUAUUAUUUUCCCAUUAUUGGUUCCAUUGUUAUCUUAUUCAUUUGGUAUCAAUUUAUUUUCAUUUAUCAAUGAAUCACUCUUUAUUCAAUUGUAUUGUAUCGGCACAAUCAUCAUUUAUAUUCACUUUGCCAACGUUGUCAUUACUGCCCUAUGUAAAGUUCUACAAAUUCAAUGUUUCAAACUUAAUAAGAAACUACAUUAA